GGAGGCGGAGGGCUCUGCUCCCGGCGCCCGGGACUCAGCUGCGCGCCAGCCGCGUGGCCUUGACCCACUAGCUUCCCUCCCACCCAAGGGAGGAAGGCAGAGACCAGGAUGGAAUCCAAGAGAUGGCAACUCCUCGAUUUAUCAUUGGUGCCUUCGUGUUUGUGUUGCUCCCUAAUUCUGUGUCUAAUUAUCCCAAUGGGAAAGUAACAAUGUCGUGUCAUGGAAUGAUGCCCCAACAUGGUCACAACCCACAAGCUGAGCCUGCUCAUCACAUCUCUGUCAGUCAGAUGAAGUUCCAACCGGGAGACCAGAUACAAGUUACUUUGUCAGGACCCCCAUUUAAAGGCUUUCUCUUAGAAGCUCGGGAUGCUGAAGAUUUGAGUGGCCCUCCUGUGGGCUCCUUCACAUUGAUUGACAGUGAGGUGUCACAGAUUCUGACUUGUGAAGAUGUACAGGGUUUAGCUGUGAGUCAUACACAUGCAUCUAAGAAAACAGAAAUUAGAGUCUACUGGAAUGCUCCGAGCAGUGCCCCCAGCCACAUACAAUUUCUAGCCACAGUUGUUGAGAAGUAUAAAAUCUACUGGGUGAAGAUUCCUAGUGAUGUCAUUUCACAACCAAAUGCACUUCCUUUCACGACACCUAAAGCUACAACAGCAUCUUUGUCAACGUUGCCUUCAAUCUCCCAUUUAACCGGACCAUUCAGUGCCUCGGAGUGUGGAAAGAAGAAGUUCUGUGUGCGAAGUCCUAGGAGUUGUGACCCAGAGCGUGAAGCCACCUGCUUCUUCUUGUCCUUCACCAGAGAGGAGCAGUCGGUGAUGGUUGAGCUGAGCGGUCCCACUGGAGGCUAUUUAUCCUUUGCGUUUUCCCAUGACAGAUGGAUGGGUGAUGAUGAUGCUUACCUGUGCAUCCGUGGAGAUCAGAGUGUGCACAUACAGCCUUCCCAUUUGACAGGGAGAAGUCAUCCUGUGCUGGACUCCAGGGGGAAUCUUGAGGAUAUGGCCUGGAGAUUGGCGGAUGGUGUCAUACAGUGUUCUUUCAGAAGAAACAUUACCCUUCCUGGGGUUAAGAACAGAUUUGAUCUAAACACACGCUACUACAUAUUUCUAGCAGAUGGUGAAGCUAAUGCUGGUCAAAUUCUUAAGCACUCUCAACAACCUUUGAUUACAUAUGAAAAAUACGACAUAACAGAUACACCAAAGAGCAUAGGAGGAUCACGUUCUUUACCCCUUUUGAAGGUCCAUGGUGCCUUAAUGUUUGUGGCAUGGAUGACUGCAGUUAGCACAGGUGUCCUGGUUGCCCGAUUCUUCAGAUCUGUUUGGUCAAAAGCUCUCUUUCUUGGUGAAGCAGCUUGGUUCCAGGUGCACCGGGCGCUCAUGCUUACCACAUCGGUGCUCACCUGCAUUGCUUUUGUCAUGCCUUUUAUAUACAGAGGAGGCUGGAGCUCUCACGCAGGUUACCACCCAUACUUAGGGUGCAUAGUGAUGACGUUAGCGAUCUCGCAGCCUCUUCUGGCAGCCUCCAGACCACCUUUACAUGACUCAAGGAGGCAGAUGUUUAACUGGACACAUUGGAGUGUGGGAACAGCUGCUAGAAUCAUAGCUGUGGCAGCAAUGUUCCUGGGGAUGGAGUUGCCAGGACUGGAUCUUCCAAGUCCCCAGAAGACCUACACAAUGAUGGGAUUUGUGACCUGGCACAUUGGGACCGAGAUUAUUCUAGAGAUACAUGCCUAUCGACUCUCUCGGAAAGUGGAAAUAUUGGACAAUGACAGAAUUCAGAUCUUUCAGUCACUUACUGUUGCCGAAGCAGAGGGGCAUGUUUUCAAAAAGGUGGUGUUGACAAUUUAUAUCUGUGGGAAUGUGACCUUUCUCAUCAUAUUCUUAUCUGCAAUCAACCACCGAUGAACAAGCAAAGACCUUGGUCUACAGUUAUCACCAAACAAAGAAACGUGACACUCGUGCUGGCAGCCUGAGCCUAUUCCAGUGUGUAGGACCCAGAGGCCUCUCUGUGCAGGAAUUCGGAAGGCGGGUUUUUCUAGAUCAAAUUCAAGAGGGUCAUACAGAAGAAACUGAUGUCAAGGACUUAUAAGUAAUUCUGUGUUCAAGGCAACAUAGAACUUGAAGAGAAAUGACUCUCAAAUAUUCCAUGAGAUAAUUUUAAGAAUGUUAGCCUUUAAUACAGUAAACUAGAAUGAUUAGGAAAAGGAAAAUAGAUGUCCUUAGGUAAGAGUACAUUGUUAAGGUAAAUAUAUAUUUUUUCCUUAUAAUGAUGCUGAUAUAGUGCUUUCAAGAACACAUUUAUUUUUUACAAGUUUAUAUGAAUGGUCUUUGAGACCUUUUUCAAGAAAGUAUGUUUUUCAGAGCUGGGUGUGUAGCUUAGUGGUGGAGCACAAAAAAGUGUUUUUGGAGGGCUACAUUUGCUUUUGUUUUUGUUUUGUGUGUUUCCAUACUCUGGUUAAAAGUAGAAAUGGGGGCCGGGGGGGUGGUGGCUUAGUGGUUAAGGUGCUUGUCUGCAAAGCCAAAGGACUCAGGUUUGAUUUCCCCACGGUUCAUGUAGGCCAGAUGCACAAGGUAGUGCAUGUGUCUGAAGUUCAUUUGCAGCAGCUGAAGGCCCUGGUGCACCCAUUCCCUCUCUAUAUCUGCCUCUUCCUCUCUCUUUAUCAAAUAAAAUAAAUUUAAAAGGUAGAUAUGGGAGUUGACCCCUUUAUAUGUUUCAUUAACAUUCAGCUGUAUUAUAUAUUUUCUUUGUUAGCCAUGAAAUGGAAACAGGUAUCAUUUGCUUAAGAAUUUAUUAAUUUUUCAGCUACAGAGGGAAAUGGUGUUUUCAAAAUUUUUUAUUGUUUCAGUUAUUAGAUUUAAGUCCUCAUAGCAUUUGGAGAAUAUAGAUUUUAUUUUUAUUUUAUUGUUUCAAACUUAAUAAAACUCACUUUUGUGAGUAUUUCAAAAAGGUAUUCUCAUCUGUAAAAAUAACAUGGAGGGGUUUUCUAUUUAGGACAUCCUUGUUUCUCUCAUGAAUUAGCAUUCCUUCCUAUUUCAGGAAUUUUUUUUUUGUGGUAAUCUAUUAUUUACUAUGAGUAUUUAUUGCCAGUAGGUGGCGCUAUAAUAUCGACGAACUCAUUUGUUCCUGUGAGCUGGCAGUCAUUCACUUUAAGACGUGGUAACAUGGUAUGGUAUUUUCUUUAUGUUCUACAAGCUUUUCCCUUUCCUUCCUUCCUUCCUUCCUUCCUUCCUUCCUUCCUUCCUUCCUUCCUUCCUUCCUUCCUUCCUUCCUUCCUUCCUU